GUCUAAUAGAUUGUACAAGUUCGAUUCAACUUUCAAGUACUCGGAGUCUGAGGUAAUCCACAACAUACUCCAGCUCUCGUUGUUCCAAUUUUGUUCCAAAAUGGUAUUUUAGUUCAUGGACAAAAUCGUUAAGGUGGGGUUUGAAGUGUUGUAUUAAUAACUGGACUCUGUGACAAUGGUUUUGUUAAGUGGCAAUAACAAAAGUGUUUUGCAACAAACGAAUGAUGAGAGGGCCAAAGCACAAGGUGUUACAGUGCUUCACAAUUCGCAUCAGCAAGGAGGAAACAAGAGUGUAGAAAGUGGGCGUGCACAAAAUUCGCCUAACUUAGGGAUGACCAAAGGAAUGACAACAAUGGAUGAAUUUAAGUUUGGGUUUCCAUCAGAAGGCUUAUCAACUAUUUCAAACAAAUGGUGGGGAAGUAAUGAUCAUAAUGAUUGUGCAGGCACCACCAAUCCUGAAGGAGCCAAGAAUCAACUUGAAAAAAGAGCAGAGGAAAUAAACAAGGUGGCAUGUGAAACUGAAAAAGCUGAAAGCAGGGAAACUCCUCAAGGUUCAGCUUUAUUGAAAGCUGUGAGGAAAAGAGCUGUAGAAGAAGGACGAGAAGCAUGUAAAUUAGGUGUUUUCAGAGGCUAUGGUGUAAACAAGCUAGGCAAAAGGGAGAAAAUAUUGCUCCACCAAAUAUUUAGAUCUUCAUUGCCAAGGUCAUGGAUACAUGACUUGUGAUUUAAGGCCAGUGUAAUUCUGCAUGGCUCUUGCUGCAUUGAAUACUUAAUCAGCAUCUUCAUGAGAGAGUUCCUUCUUUUCUCUGAAUGUUGUGGUUUUAUCACUGGUAGUUCACUGGGACUGAUUGAUACCAUUAAUUUACUUAUGAUCAAUUAAAUAUCGUCUCAGUUCA